AUGGCAAAGAAUAUGCAGAACACCUCGUACCGGAAGCUGGACGUUGACGCCUUCGAUCCAGAGCAGUACGAUGAAAACGACGAGAGUGAGUCAUUCGUGUGUUUGCUUAUUCCCGCGCACAUAUCGAUUGAAGAUCUCCGCCUGAUUUGUUGAUUUUCAGCAGCCGACACUCCCGGACUGGGGCCGGAUGAGCGUGCCGUGCAAGGAUUCCUGAGCUCCAACCGACUCGAGGACGCUCUUCACGCCUCGCUUCUUUCACCACCACUCAAAACGAAAGAUCAGGUUUGUCGCAGAACCAAGAACUCGCGUGAAAAGAGCGUGCUCAGAAUGCCAAGGAUCGUGCGACUCAACUCGUCACGAAAGUUCUGCAGUCUUUCAAGAAUGCAGAGAUCGAAUCGGCGGUGCAGAAGUUGUCAAUUGACGAGGGAGACAUCCUCAUGAAGUACGUCUACAAGGCCAUGGAACUCGGAUCCGACGCGGCGGUCUGCCAAUCUCUGCUCGCCUGGCACGCUCAGCUCGUCGCCAAAUUCGGUCACGGAGCCAUCAUGCGUGUUUUCUCAAAUCGCCAACGUCUCUGA